AUUAGUCACGUGUAUAAUUAAGCCGCGUACAGGUGCGCAGGUUUCUUCAACCUUUGGCGGUUGUUGGAGGCUCAGGUAGCUGCAGACCCUGUGCACUAUGGCCCGAACCGGACUGUGUGACUCCAGGACGCUGCUGGACCCUAAAAAAACUGAAGAACGCCCCCCACUGAGGACGUGGGCGAACACCUAUGGGCCAAGAGAGCGCCGGAGCUGCCCUGAUGGAGAUGAGAGGAGACCACAGCCCAGAGACAAACGCAUUACUGACCCCAAGAGAGAGAACCAGAACCCCAGAUGGGUAAGAGCUACAGUGCAGAGGCUGCCACCAUGUGCUGAAGAUGAGAUCAUCAUAGAUUAUUCUCAGAACGACUUGGGCACUCCAGACUGCUUUGAGCAGGAGGCGGUGCUGAGUCACCUUCAGAUCCUGCAGAUGGCGCCGUCUCUCAGGGACAUGCUGCCUGGGCUCCUGCGGAAGGAGAUGGAAGUGGCCAUGGAUAAACUGGGCCUCCUGUAUGAUCAGAGCUACGCCUGGGACGUCUUCUCAGAUAUGAUGAGGAGUCAGCUGCGCUGCACACUGCCAAACGCAGAGCUUCCCAGGCCGUUCUCUGAAAAUACUCGAGCUAUUCUGGUGGACUGGCUGAUCCAGGUUCAUGAGGUGUUUAACUUCUCAGAGGAGACUCUGUACCUGGCUGUUCACCUGUUGAACCGAGCGCUCAGGUGUUUUAAAGUCUCCGUCUCCAGUCUGCAGCUGCUGGGAGUCACCUGCCUAUUUAUCGCCGCCAAGAAGGAGGAGUGUUUACUGCCAGAGAUCUCGGAGCUGUGUUACCUAAUGGCGAAUACGUACAGUAAGAAGCAGUUUCUGCGGAUGGAGAGACGAGUUCUGGGUGCUCUAAAGUUUGAGCUGUAUAACUGCCCACCGAUUCAUUUCCUGCUACUGUCUGCUUACAUUGCACGCUGCAGUGACAAGGUGGUGUGUAUGGCGCGGUAUCUGCUGGAGCUCUGUCUGCUGGAGGGUCAGUGUGUGGUGUAUUUGCCGGCUCAACUGGCCGGCGCCGCGCUCCACCUCGCCCGCAAAAUAAUAAAGGAACCACAGUCCCCAGAGUCUGAAUCAGCCUGGUGCAUAGCCUCCACCAUACAUGUGGGCAGUGAGGCGACUCUGCACAGUAUAAUGCAGGUGAUGGCGACGGCCGCAGCUCGAGCAUCCAGUCGCGAGACUCGAGCUACCUUCGUUAAGUUCUCCACGUCAGCCACCCUACAGGUCAGCCUGCACCCUGCACUGAGUAGCGCCCCCUGCCUGCUGGGCCUGCAGAGCUGAUCACACGGCGGGUCCAGCCCGAGGAAGAGGGGGUAAUCUGGACUCUCUGGACUGAGUGAUGCAGUUUUAGGUAAUCUGAUGUAGAGAAGAAGAAGAAGAAGAAGAAGAAGAAGAAGAAGAAAAAUAUAUUUUCUGUCAUACAUGUUUUAAAGUGCUGGAAUUAAUUAAUAAUGUAAUGAGGACUGCACUGCGGUUCAGAGUGGGUUUGUCUGUUUUGUAUGUUUUUCUAAAUGUUUUAUAUGUGAAAAAAUAAAUGAAGUGAUUCUU